CUCUUUGGGAGACAUGAAACUGCUCCCUUGUCCUAAAAUGGAUAAACGAUGUCAUCCGGUGGAAAACUUGAGAAACAAAAAUGGUCGAGUGUUGAAUCUAGAAUGAAAACCCUUUCACGCAUUAAAUAAAACGGAAUUACAAAUUACAGGAGUUUUAGGAGGUUUCAAUUGGCCAAAAGGGGGCGCCAGGGGAUUCAUGUACACGAUACAGAAUUGCGCCUACAAUCGAGUGUUAUCCAUUCAGGUGGUAACAACAAAUUCCUUUUGAAAUCUGAAGUCAUGGAAAAGCGUCAUGGCUAAAUAUUGAAGUGCACAACUGUUGUUUAACUUGCGUCGCAAAGAUUCGGUGAAAAAAAGUGUUUGAAACGUUUGUUCGAAGGCGUUUGGCACCGGCGGCGCAUUGCAAACAACAUGACUGCGGCUUCACGAUCCAAUCGCGGGGCGCGGGCGUGCUGGCGCCUAUCACAGCCGACUUCGGACCCCGAACUGGUCGCCAGCCAAUCGAGGGGGCACAUAGAAACAAACAAUCAUUUAGAGUCUUCGCUUAACCGAGCAGGCGUGUCCACACUGGCGGGGCCGGAUUGGAACCCGCAACCGCACGACUGUGAGGCAGGCGUGCUAAACCGGGCCGCCUGCGAGCCAACGUAUUUAUUUCCAUUGCGAUUACAGUGAGCCAGAAAACCAAACGAACGCCAUCAAUGUUUGGAUGUACGACAUACAGCUGCGAGAAAUAUUGUGGGCGGUGUGACUCGCACACAUUCGAGGCAAAACUCAAUGAACAAAGAUAAACGAUGAGCGGCGAGGCCAACAAAGAGUUUGAGGAGCAGCUGCGCCUCCAGGAGCUCUACAGCAGGAGAAGCCAGGUCGGUUCCGACCCGUUCGCGUACACGGACCCCGACGACGGCACCGUGUACGACUGGGACCACGACAAGAAGGCCUGGUUCCCCAAAAUCACGGAGGACUUCAUGGCGGCUUACCAGGCCAACUACGGCUUUGCCCGGGAGGGCGACCCGGACGCCGGCGGCGCCGCGACGGAAACGGAGAAGCGGCCGGCGGCGGCGAGGGAGGAGGCGGGCGCGCGAGAGCUCAUCUCAGAGCAGCAAAAGAGCGCGGCGGCCAAAGACGGCAAGCAGAGAGCAGAGAAGAGGAAAGCAGAUCCUGGCUGGUUCGACAUGGAGGACGACAAGAACACCAACGUGUACGUGACAGGCCUCCCCCCCGACACCAGCACCGAGGAGUUCGUGGCUCUGAUGUCCAAGUGCGGCAUCGUCAUGCGGGACCCGCUCAGCGAGGACUUCAAGGUCAAACUGUACAAGGACCAGGACGGGAACCUGAAAGGAGACGGACUGUGCUGCUACCUCAAGAGGGAGUCGGUGGAGUUGGCCGUGCGCCUUCUGGACGAGUCUGAGGUCAGAGGUUACAAGCUGCACGUGGAGGUGGCUCGCUUCCAGCUCAAAGGUCAAUACGACGCCAGCAAGAAGAAGAAGAAGAACAAGGAGUACCGCAAGAAGAUGCAGCAGCAGCAAAAGCAGUUGGACUGGCGGCCCGAGAAGCAAGCGGACGCCAGGAAGCGACACGAGAAGGUCGUCAUCGUCAGGAACAUGUUCCAGCCCGCUGACUUUGAGGAGGACCCCCUGGUCCUGAACGAGUACCGCGACGACCUGCGCUCGGAGUGCGAGAAGUUCGGCGAGGUCAAGAAGGUCAUCCUGUUCGACCGCCACCCGGACGGCGUGGCGUCGGUGGCCUUCAAGGAGCAGGAACACGCCGACGCCUGCGUGGCGUCCUUCCACGGGCGCUGGUUCGCCGGACGGCAGCUCGCCGCGACGCUCUGGGACGGGAACACCGACUAUCAGGUGGAGGAGACGAGCCGCGAGCGUGAGGAGCGUCUGAAAGGUUGGUCCUCCUUCCUGGAGGCGGCGCAGCUGGCGGGGGGCCCCGCCCCCUCUCUUCCGGCGGGGGGCCCCGCCCCCUCCCUUCCGGCGGGGGGCCCCGCCGCCGAAGCUUCCGGCAGCGCGCCGCAAACGCUGCAGCAGCCUGAGGGAAAACAAGGCGACGACGAGGAAACCAAGUCGACCGACAGCAGCCUGGCGGGCAGCGACGACGACGACGACGCUUAACCAGACGCCAUUAUGAACAAUGCAGAGCGUUCAUGGAGUUAAUUGAGUAGCUUCACUCGUCCAUUUCGGACGUCCAAAACUCAUUCUCACCACACGGAAGUUCCGCUUUCCAGUGCAAAGCCUCAACGCAGCGUCACCUCAUCAUACGAUUACAAUUAUGACAACUUUUAAGCGCUGUCCGGCAUUUGAUUGGUCCUCCACAGUGAAGAAGGCCCGCCAUUGGCCGGGACCAAGAACGACCGAAUCCUGCCACACAAUCCAACAGCCAUCCACGCCCACCCGUAAAGGCUUGCAAUUGCCUAUACACCCCACGUGAUGGCGGCAAAGCAUUUCUUCUCUUACCCAAAAAUAAAUUUGAAGUUUGGGAUUUUGAAGCGGCUCCCCUCAGUCUCACCAAGUUAAAUGGCACCAAUAUACCUCCAGAUGGCACCAAAGCUACAUUUCUAUGACGCGGAGUCCCCCCCCCCCCCCAAAAAAAAAAAAAAGCAACUAGACGAAUUUCAAACAUGUGGACGUUCACUGUAUAGUUUGAAUAAAUUGAUUUUGAAAUCAUGAUAAAAUAAGGACAAGCAAAUAUUUUAGGACACAACAGCAGCAUUAGCCAACUGAUGUCAAGAGAUUGGCUAGACGUAAAAGCUCGUAAGCGAUUCAAGUGAAGAAAACGUCUGUCUGUCAACAAGCACGAAGUCGAGCCACGACGCGUUUUGCUUUGGCGAGCAUCAACAAGCUCGCCUGCUAGCCGGCGAAAGAGGCCGCGCUGCGUUCACGGAACACCGCCGAUGCUAACCAUUAGCCGCUAAAUAAAGCAAUGUCUAUUG